AUGGCUCAACAACACGAGGACCUGCUGAAGCGCAGGCUGAAGUUGGAGGAAUUCGCCGCCGGCGCGCUCGAGAUCAGCCCUCGCGUUUUCCGAAACAAAGCCGACAGAACAUGGGUCGCGCUGGGCGGCGAUUCUCUAAUGGCAGUUUUCUUCAUGGGCGCCUGCCACGAAGCUGGGAUUGAAGUUGAUCUCCCAGAGAUUUUGCAGGCUGGGAGUGUCCGCGAGUUCAUCGAACAACUGGUGGAAUCUCAGCAAACCGAAGCUGAACAAGGCCUAGACAUGAAGAGCGAGCCAGUGAUUGAAGAGUACAUCGACAGUGCUCUCCUGAAGUCUUUGCACGAUUGUACGCCGGAGCAGGUCCAAGCCAUCGGACCAUGUUCAGCUAUGCAGGAGAAUUUCGUCGCGCGCCAGAGCAUCGAUCCAUCGGCAUAUCAGCUGCGGGUGGCAGCAAGAAUCUCUUCCGCAAACCCGCAGUUCGUCCUUACGACAAGCGUUGUCGAGCAAGCAUGGCGAGAUGUAGUCCAAAGACAUGCGGCUCUCCGGACAAGGAUCGUGGAGAGUGUUGCCCGUCCAGGCCGGCUGGAACAGGUCAUUUUGAAGAGCAUCGAGCCCGAGAUCCGUGUUAUCUCACUCACCACAGCCGAGCAAAGCAUCAUGCCUUUUGAGGAGUACCAGUCCGCCUUUCCGCAUCGAUUGACCCUAGUGCAGGCGCCCGACGAUGGCUUAACCUUGGGCCUUGACAUAUCGCAUGCCAUUGUCGACGCGGUGUCCAUUGAAAUCAUCACUCGCGAUCUGUUCCGCGCCUUAACAGGAACCCUGCCAGCGGGACAGCAAAUGCGGUGCACCGACUUCCUGAGCGUUCAACAGCCCGAUAACUCACCAGAAUCCUUGUCCUAUUGGUCGGAAUACAUGGCAGAUACGCAAGGCAGCUUUCUGAGCACCUCGAGCUCAAAAGCAACUCCCAGCGGCCUGUACACAAUCGACCAUGAGAUGCCGAUUGCUUCGGAUUUACUUGAAUCUCUCAGAGACAGGUCCAGCGCAACAAUAGUAAACGCCUGCCAAAUCGCAUGGGCGCUCGUUCUGCGCGCGUAUACCGGCGCCGCUGAUGUCUGUUUCUCGUACACGACCUCAGGGCGGCAGAGGCGUGUAAAGGGGUUACAGGACGCCGUUGGAAAUUUCGUGAACACCUUGCCGUGUCGUGUGGACGUUGGUCAGGGACAACCUAUUGCGGAAAUCGUGGAGCUCGUCCAUACAGAAUACCUAGAGAGUAUCCCGCACCAGGCAGCAAGUUUGAACGGGAACCAGGAACUCAAAGGCCCGUCUGUGCGGGAGCUCGGCGACUCGCUCCUCACGUUCCAGCGAGGGAUGGCUGGGGCAGAGCUAGCGAUGGUCGGAUUUAAGGUGGAGGUUCUGUCUUGGGAGGCGCCGUCGGACUACAAUUACACCCUGGCGAUUAGCACCGAGGAGCAGCGACUGGGACUUCGACUUACAACGUGGGAGUCUGUCGCCUCGAAGGACAAUGCGCUAAAUAUUUUGCAGCUGUUCCAAGACAGCCUUGACUUCGUGCUUCGGCAUACUAGUGAGAGCUGCUCCGGUUUCGUCGGACUCACCUUAAAGGAUCAAGAGAGGAUUAUCGCAAGAAACAGAGACCCAUACACCCUUACCCAACGCACUGUUCACGACCAAGUAUGGGAUAUGGUCCAGCGGCAGCCCGAUAGCUCAGCGAUCUGCGCCUGGGAUGGAGACCUAACAUACAGCGAACUAGGCUCCUACGCCAACCGACUGACAGCCAGAUUGCUGGAGCUUGGUGUCAAACUCGAGGACAAGAUUGGACUUUGCAUGGAUAAGUCCCGAUGGGUACCGGUUGUGAUGCUCGCGAUCUUGCAGGCUGGUGGCAUAGUCGUUCCCCUGGGCAACCAACAUCCGCCAAAUCACAUCCAGAGCAUUGCAUGCAAUGCGAACAUCACGAUGUUGUUGGCUGACCAGGCCCAUGCAUCACGGUUAAAGGGCAUAUUUGCAAAGACAGUUGCGGUAGACGCAACCUACCUGGGGGAGUGCCGUGUUUUUCCAUCAACUCAGAAAUGGCCCAAUGUGUCGCCAGAGAAUGCAGGGUGGAUCGUCCACACCUCUGGAAGUACAGGCAAGCCAAAGGGAGUUGUCCUUGAACAUAAGACCCUCUCCUCCACAAUGCAUGAACAAACAGCACGGUAUAACAUGGGGCCGUGGACGCGAGCGAUCCAGUUCUCAGCGCAUACUUUCGACGUCUGCGUGAAGGAUAUCUUUACCACCCUGACAUUUGGUGGCUGUGUCUGUAUUCCUUCAGAAGCACAACGGCUCGACGACCUCGGCUCGGCCAUGAAGGCUAUGGGUGUCAAUUUCGCGUCGCUGACUCCAACAGUUGCAUCCUUGCUUGAUUUGCAGGAGCUACCUCUGCUCGAAACAAUCGUAUGCACAGGAGAGGCGCUAUCACCUGCUAUCCUACUACCACUGCUAGAGCAUCAGAAGGUAAAGGUUUGGAACGGAUACGGUCCUAGUGAAUGCUCGCACGUCUCAACAAUCAAUGGCCCGAUUACUAGUGUUGGUGAGGCGACAAAUAUUGGAUUUUCCGCCGCCAACAGGCUGUGGGUGGUGGAUGCCCUGGAUUUCACCCGGCUAUGCCCCAUUGGCGCGGUAGGAGAACUUUUCAUAGAGGGAGCAAUUGCACGAGAGUACUUGAACGAUCCGGAGAGAACUGAAACGGCGUUUAUCACAGAUCCCGGUUUCGUGGAGAGACUUGGGCUUGUCCCUGGCCGACGUAUGUAUCGGACUGGUGAUCUUGUGCGGCAAAGCAGGGAGGAUGGAUCGUUGACUUACCAGGGGCGUCAAGACACACAAGUCAAGAUCAGAGGUCAGCGAGUGGAGAUCGGAGACAUUGAAAGUCACAUUUCGCAGUCCUUACCUGGAAACCCACUUGUCUGCGUUGACUUGAUUACCUCGAACUCUUCAUCGGUCCUGAUGGCCGCAAUUGAUAUGCAUGAGUUUUUACCCGCCAAUGUCAGUUCGGCUCCAGUUAGGCCGUGCGAUUCAUCCGACACGCUGAGACACUCCUUGCAAGAACUGCAUUCCAAGCUUGUUGAUGACUUUCCACCUCAUAUGGUGCCUACCAACUGCGUCCCAUUUGUGUCACUCCCAAUGAACGCCUCUGGAAAAUUGGACCGACGUGCUACGCAUGAGUUGCUAGCAGCGUUGACGGAAGAGGAACUCGCCAGCUUCAAGAAAAGCAAGUCGAUCGGGUCCAGCAUAUCAACUGCAACAGAGAAGGCUCUCCGGGAACUUUGGGCUGAAGCACUCAAGCGGCCAGCAACAGAUAUCGGGCCUGAUGACCACUUCAUGCAUCUAGGGGGUGACUCAGUCGUAGCCAUGCGCAUGGCGGCAAUUGCCAGAAGAAAGGAUAUCUCUUUCUCAGUUGCCAAUAUCGUUCAGCACCCGCGCCUAGCAGACAUGGCGCGUGUUGUAGACAGCCACCGUGCCACGGCGGAGAAAACAGCUCAAAACGACCCCAUCCCGUUCGAACUGUGGGCUGAUUUUCUCUCUGCAACCCCUGAAAAGCGGGAAAAGCGACUCGCAACCGUGGCUGAGAUGUGCAAUGUUGAUCCUGCCCAGGUCGAAGAUGUGUAUCCGACAACAAUGCUCCAGGAAGGUCUGAUGGCAAUGACGAAUCAGUCCCGUGAAACAUACGUCGCCCAGCAUCCCUACAUACUUGCUCAUGCCGUUGACAUGGGGUGCUUCAGAGCGGCCUGGGACAAGGUUGCAAGUGCACUUCCCAUUUUGCGAACUCGCAUCGUUUAUUCCCCUGCUUCUGGCUCUGUUCAAGUCGUGAUUCGAGAUACACCUCAAUGGAUAAUCACAACAAGAAGUCUUAUGCAGUUCAUCGAGGAGGAUCGGGCAGCGUCCUUUGCAUAUGGGACACCCCUCCAUCGCUUUGCAAUUGUCAAGGAGGAGUCCACAAGAUAUUUUAUCUGGACCGCUCACCAUUCCGCAUAUGAUGGCCCAACAGUCGUCAGAAUCUUCAAGACGCUAGCCGACGCACUGCAGGGCAAACCAUUAUCAUCUGAAUCAGUGACUCCUAUCCCGCGAUAUAUCCGGUACUUGGAGGACCAGAGCCAGGAGGAGUGCGAGACGUACUGGAGAGGCGAGUUGGAAGGCUCCACGUUCACACCAUUCCCCAAACUCCCCAGUCCCUCAUACCAGCCAUUCGCCGAUGGCGUGCUAAGGCACCACUUCAAGAUGUCCGACAAAAUAAACAGGGUUAGUCACCAAGUCUCACCCGCCAUUAUACUACGAGCAGCGUGGGCUCUGGUAGUUGCCAGCCACACCGGUGGCGAGGAGGCAAUGCUGGCAGUGGUGCUUUCCGGUCGUGACAUGCCGGUCGUUGGAGUCGAGGACGUAGUCGCGCCCACCAUAACCACCGUUCCUUGUCGAGUUCGAAUUGAUCGACAGAAACAGGUCACUGACUUCCUUCGUUCUGUCCAUGAGCAGAGUACGAGAAUGGCACCCUACACACAGUUCGGCCUCGCGAACAUCCGUCGUGUGAUUUCCAGCUUAAGCCACGACUUCAAUCCUGGACACUUGUUCUUAGUUCAGCCUGGUGGCGAUGACAUGGCGUCAGCUGACGAGAUCGGUCUGGAGAGACUGACAGGCGAGCGUGGGAAUUUUGAAGGAUACUCGCUUGUUGUCGAAUGUAAUCUCGACGCAAGUGGGACAGGGACCGAGGUUGAGAUGCGAUUCGAUCAGCAUGUUGUCCCGCCCUCACAAGCGGAGUCUUUGAUGUCCCAGCUGGAGCAUGUUGCGCGGCAAUUGCAGACUUAUGGCAGCGACGAUGACAUCAGCCCUACUGCAAUUCAACAUCUCGACUGGAUUAGCACUGUAGACAAGGAGAAACUGCUUCACUGGAACCAGCCCCCGCCGGAUGCAGUGCAGUUCUCUUUGGUUGAACAUGUGGAAUCUCAAACGCGGAAAACACCAGAUGCCUUGGCAGUCUGCGCGAGAGACGGCGAGCUGACAUAUUCUCAGCUCUACGCCGCUGCGAGUCGCCUCGCGCAGCAUCUCGUGUCUCUUGAUGUUGGCCCAGAAACGUUCGUUGCAUUGUGCAUGGAAAAAUCGAAGUUCGCUGUCAUAUCAGUUCUGGCGAUUUUGCUAGCAAGAGGUGCGGUGGUGCCUCUUGGUGCCCAGUACACAGAUGCCAGGAUCAAGACUAUCCUGGAUGAUGCUGGUAUCUCUGUGGCCUUGGCCGACGUCGCGCAGGCCAAGCGCCUCAGGUCUAUGGUGUCGCAGCCGAUCAUUGUGAAUUCCGGCCUGCUAGAGUCUCUGCAGGCCGAGGACAGUGAUUCCCAACUUGCCCGGCCGAAUCCAUCAUCGGCCGCCUGGAUAGUCUAUACAUCAGGAAGUACCGGUGUUCCCAAGGGAGUCGUUCUCGAAAACCAAGCUCUCUGCACAGCUGUCCUCGCCCAGGGGACCCGAUUCGGGGUAUCCUCUUCAACGCGCAUACUGCAGUUCUCUUCAUUCACAUUUGACCUUAGUAUCGAGGAGAUCUUCGCGACCUUGUUGUUUGGAGGGUGCAUUUGCGUCCCUUCGGAAACCGAUCGCACGGACAGAUUAGCAGCUGCCAUGAGAGAACUAGCCGUCACGUUUGCAAUCCUAACGCCGACUGUCGUAUCCCUACUUGAUCCGAAAAGCGUUCCAUCAUCACUGGAUACCAUCGUCCUAGCAGGCGAAGCACUCAAGCCCGCUGUUGUUAAGCCUUGGAUCGGCCGUGUCAAGGUCUUCAAUGCAUAUGGUCCGGCAGAGGCAUCGAUGUUCGCCGCCAUAAACGGACCCCUACUUGGUGAAGAAGAUGCACCGGUAAUUGGAUCGACCAUGGCCAGCCGUCUGUGGGUAACAAGCCCUCUCGAUUACAAUUCCCUUGUUCCCGUUGGCGCGGAAGGUGAAUUGCUUAUUGAAGGCCCACUGCUUGCUCGGGAGUAUUCGCAUGACGCUGAAAGGACGGCGAAAUCAUUCGUCAUUGAUCCGCAUUUCUGCCGCACAUUGAACCUGCCAUCCGGACGACGCAUGUAUCGAACGGGCGACCUUGUCCGCCAGCACCCGGAGACUGGCUUGUUAGAAUAUCUAGGUCGUCUCGAUACCCAGGUGAAGAUUCGCGGUCAGCGCGUGGAGAUCGGCGAGAUUGAAAGCCACAUCGUCCGCCUUCAGUCUGAGGUUCAAGCCGCCUGCGUCGAUCUUGUACAGCUAGACACCAUUCCUGACCCGAUACUACUCGCCGCGAUCGAGCUUUUUCCAGCCGUUGACCGUGGCACAAUUGUCUUGAACGACCUGCGCUUCAAGCUCCUCCAGUUCCUUCCCCUAUACAUGGUUCCAGCCCAUUUCAUUCCGAUGAAGCUCCCAGUAAAUGCAUCAGGCAAGCUGGACCGCCAAGCUACAAGAGCAGCGCUGCAAGCACUGGACAUACACCAAUUGAAAGCCUUUGCCGCAGACAGCUCGGAUCCGAUCGAAGACAGAACGCUCACGGCAACGGAAGAACAACUGCGCCAGCUCUGGGCCCAAGUCCUCGGCCUUCCUUCGAGCGACAUAGCUGCAAACGCGGACUUCUUCCAGCUUGGCGGUGACUCUGUGUCAGCAAUGAGGCUUGUCGCGGCUGCGCAGACUGCGCCAAUCUCGAUGCAACUCGGGGUAGCUCAGAUUCUGCAGAACCCGCGCCUAGUUGAUAUGGCUCGUGCCUCAACUAACGCAGAUAGCACAGCAGCAGCCCUUGAGUUCGAGGCGGAUCCCGCGCCAUUCGAGCUGUGGAAUGGCUUUGCCGAUGCUGGGGCGGAGGAGCAGAAACAAUGGCUUGCCUCUCUCGCUCAACAAUGCGAAGACCUUGUUGGAGCAGAGCAAAUUGUCGAUGUGUACCCUGCAACUCCACUACAGGAAGGUCUGAUGGCAAUCACCUCUCAGCAGGGCAGUGCAUACGUCGCACAACAAGUGUUCCGGAUGGGGCGAAACGUUGACGUUCCGCGCCUGCAGCGGGCUUAUGAAUCGCUAAGUGAGAGACUCGCUAUCCUGCGCACUCGGCUUGUCUAUACAGCGCAGGGUUCUGUCCAGGUGGUUACCGAUCAGGUCCAGCAAUGCACCGUUAUUACUUGCGAUCUGCGUAGAUACCUGCAACAAGACCACCACAAGUCAUUCGGCUAUGGCAUCCCACUUCAUCGCCUGGCAAUUGUUGAGGAUGAAACCAGCAGGUACUUUGUAUGGACCGUCCACCAUGCGGCGUAUGACGGAUGGUCAUUGAUGCAGCUCUUGCGCAUGCUCGUACAGCUGUACCAGGGCCACGAGAAUACCUUCACUGCCACCCCCAUCUCGCGCUUCAUCAAAUACCUGCAGCAGACAAAUGAAGAUGACAUGGCAAUAUACUGGAGGAAGCAGCUCGAAAACGCCAAGUUGACUAGGUUUCCCCAACUGCCAUCCCCUACAUACCAACCUCACGCCGCAUGCCUCGUGCGAACAACCCUUCGCGGCUCAAGCAAUACAGAUAUCUCCAUUGGCACCCUGCUGCGAGCUGCGUGGGCCGCAACUGUAGCGACCUAUACGGGUGCCGAUGAGGCAAUCACCAAUAUCGCUCUCAGCGGCCGCGAUGCCCCUGUGGACGGCAUCGCCAAUGUCGUCGGACCAACAAUUACGACAGUACCAGUCCGAAUUCAGAUGACCAAGCAACAGACUGUGAGCGAAUACUUGACGGCCGUGGACCAACAGGCCAAAGAAAUGGUUCCGUAUGCGCACGCCGGACUGCACGCGAUUCGAGCUGCAGUGCCGGGUCUGCCUACGGAUUUCGAUGCAGGGCAUCUCUUCAUCAUUCAGCCGGCUGCCUCUGACAAUGACAGCCCCGGUAUCGAGGCUAUCGGCCUCGAGCCAGACACGGACAUGACGGGUAGCGGGGAGAACGCAGACUUUGGAGGGUAUGCUCUUGCCGUCGACUGCACGGUCGGCCCCAAUUCGGUCGGUAUUGAUAUCCGCUUCGACGACCAGGUGCUGCCGCACUCUCGAGCAGAGGCGCUUCUGUCGCAGUUUGAGCACACGAUUCACGAGCUCCAAUCCAACAGCUGCGAUGCUCGGAUGGGCGAUCUCGACCUGUUCAGUCCAGCUGAUGCCGCUGUCAUUCGAAGGUGGAACGAGAAUACCCCACCCGCAACGGAGGCGUGUAUUCACGAGUUGAUCAAGGACAUAGUCGACAAGCAGCCUGACGCCCCAGCUGUGAAUGCUUGGGACGGCGAGUACACUUACGGAACUCUGCAUGAUACCGCGCGCAGUCUCGCGCAUCACUUGGUAACCCGCUACGGCGUCGGCCCCGAGGUCAAGGUAGGUAUGUGUAUGGAGAAGUCUCGCUGGGCUGUCGUGGCGAUCCUGGCGAUCCUCAUGGCUGGGGGUGCUGUGGUACCAUUAGGAAUCCAACAGCCACUGGGUAGGAUCUCCGCCAUCCUCGCUGACGCGCCGGUAUCCACGAUCAUUGUUGACUCAACACACGCCAAACGCCUCGAGGAGCUAAAGAGGGAGGGUAUCUCGCCUUCCCUCACAGUUGUCGACGGCGCUUUGCUCGAGUCCCUGCCACUUCCUCGGCAACACGCUAUCUGCACGACAGUCACACCCGACAACGCAGCAUGGGUCGUGUACACCUCUGGCAGUACAGGAGUGCCGAAGGGCAUUGUCCUCGAGCACAAGGCGCUCUGCAGCAGUUUUGCAGCACAUGGUCAACAAGUGGGGUUUGGUCCAAAUAUUCGAGCACUGCAGUUCUCCGCGUACACCUUCGACAACGCUAUUGAGGAUAUCCUGUCUCUGCUUUCGUAUGGGGGCUGCGUGGUUGUUCCCUCCGAGUCACAGCGUCUCAAUGCCCUCCCUGAGACGAUUCAGGCAAUGCAGGUCAAUCUGCUCAACUGCACGCCAACCGUCGCGUCGCUGAUCAACCCGAAGAAUGUUCCGACGCUGAAGACUUUACUCCUCGGCGGCGAAUCCGUCUUCCCCGCUGUCGUAAGGCAAUGGCUAGGCCAUGCUAAUAUCUUCAACACGUACGGUCCUUCUGAAUGUAGCGUUGACGUCGCUGUCGGCGGCCCCGUGCAGGAUCCCAGCAACUCGUACACCAUCGGAUUCCCGCUCAACGUCUGCUUCUGGGUGACAAGCCCCUCCGACCACAACCGUCUCGUCCCUAUCGGUACGCCCGGAGAACUUCUAGUCGAAGGCCCGCAUCUAGGAAGAGGAUACCUGAAUGACCCCGCGAAGACGGCCAGGGCCUUCGUGUGUGAUCCUGCUUUUGUCCGACAUUUGAGAAUAUCACCCGGUCGUCGCUUCUACCGGACAGGAGAUCUCGUGAAACAGAACGCUGAUGGCUCGCUGAUCCACCUUGGCCGCAUCGACACGCAAAUCAAAAUACGAGGUCAGAGAGUGGAGACCGGCGACAUCGAGAGUAAUAUCCUCCGCAUCGCACCCCAAGUCAGAGUAGCCUGCGUCGACCUCGUCCGGCUGAGCGACAUGGCUGGUGACGCGAUGCUUGUGGCCGCCAUCGAUGUGGGUGACUUUGCGCGGGACGAGGACGAAAGCCUUGCGCCAGAGACAGUACGCCGGCCAACUCGGGGUCUAAAGGCCAUGAUCGACAACCUGCGAACAGAGCUUUUGUUCAUGCUUCCGCGAUACAUGUUGCCGCAUUUUGUUCCUAUGAGCAGUUUGCCACUCAAUGCUUCCAGCAAACUGGACAGACGAGCUGCACGAGCCAUCCUCGAAAGCCUCAACCACCAACAGCUCGCGGCCUUCGAAGAAUCCGCCGCAGCGGUUGCCAAAAACAAUGACAAGCAGUCGCUAUCGCCAAUGGAAAAGCGGAUCCGCAAAAUCUGGGUGGAGGUUCUCGGAUGCUCGCCCAACAUCGGCCCGCAAGCGCACUUCGUCCAACUCGGAGGCGACUCUGUCACCGCCAUGCGCCAUGCUGCCGCUGCGAUACGCGUCGACAUUCGUCUAGGCGUUGCCGAUAUUCUCCAGAACCCGCGGUUAUGCGACCUGGCCCGUAUUGCGGAGAAGAACCUGCACGGGUCGACGGCCACCGAGCAAGAUCCCCAGCCCUUUGAACUGUGGAACGGCUUCUCCGGUGCAGAGCCAGCCCAGCAAAAGGAGUGGCUGUCCGAGAUCGCAGAGCAGUGCGAUGGUGUGGCAACGGAAGAUAUCGAGGACGUGUAUCCCGCGACUGCUAUCCAGGAAGCCCUGAUGGCGGUAACAGCACAGGAGCCCGGCGCGUUCGUCGCGCAGAAUGUCUUCCGCCUGCAUGAUGUGGACAUAGUCCGUUUCAAGAAGUCCUGGGCGCAACUCAUGAAUUCUUUGACGAUCCUUCGCACUCGCAUCGUUUACCACAAUGUCCAAGCAGGGACCGUGCAGGUGGUCGUCAAGAGAUACCUUGAUUGGCAGGAAGCAGAUGACCUGCAGACAUACAUGUCCACUGAUAAGGCGCGGCCAUUCGCGUACGGAACACCACUGCAUCGUUUGGCAAUUAUUGAGGAUGGGAAAUACUUCGUGUGGACCCAGCACCAUAGCGGUUAUGACGGGUACCAGACGGCCCUUAUGCUUAAUAUGCUGGGUGAAGUAUAUCAGGGCAAUGUACCCGAUCAUUCCCCACCACCUGUCACGCGGUUCGUGAAGUACCUGCAGAAGAAUGACAAGAAUGAGGUCGCGGCCUAUUGGCAGCAGCAGCUUGGAGAUGUCAACCUAACACGCUUCCCUCAACUGCCGAGCCCGUCAUAUCGCCCUCAUGCCGAUGGGUGUUCGAGACGAGUUGUGAAACGCAGCAAGGCGCAGGACAACGCACCCAUCGCAACGCUUCUGCGAGCGGCUUGGGCUGCAACUGUGGCUAGUUAUACCGGUAUUGCCGAGUCCACCUCCAUGAUUGCGCUCUCGGGUCGGGAUAUAGUGGUCCCCGACAUCGGCAGCAUGGCCGUUCCAACCCUGACCACGGUGCCAGUGCGAACACGGCUGGACAAUCGCAAGCAGCGUGUUUCUGAUCUCCUGGAUGCCGUAGCCCGCCAGAGUGAAGAUAUGAAGCCGUUCCUGCACACGGGCAUGCAGCAUAUUCGCGCGGCUGUACCGGUGUUAGGAGUCGACUAUGACCCCGGUCAUCUAUUCAUCAUACAACCACCUUUGGGAGAGGAAGAUAAAGAUCCCCUUUGUGCAAUUGGUCUGGAUGAAGUUACCAAUGCUACCGCGAGCUUCCCCGGAUAUGCACUCGCGGUGCAAUGCAGCAUCGAUUCCGACGGCACGGUGGAUGUCGAGAUGCGGUAUGACAGCCAGGUAAUGUCAAUCGGAAUGGCCGACAGUCUUCUCGCGCAAUUAGAACACGUCCUGAAGCAGCUCGAAGCGCAUCCUGAUGCUGCGAUUGGGGACCUCGAUCUUCUCAAUCCGGCUGAUGUGGAGAGGAUUAAGAGGUGGAACGAGCCUGUUCUUAAAGCCACCCCCGUUCAGUCCUGUAUGCAUGAGAUGGUCCAACCCAUGGUGGAACGCCAACCGAAUGCCCAAGCCGUUUCUGCGUGGGACGGCGACCUGACUUACAAUGCCCUUUGGAGCACUGCAUGCCGCCUGGCGCACCAUCUGGCAAGUCUUGGCGUUGGUCCAGAGAUUGCUGUCGGAGUAUGUAUGGACAAGUCGCUCUGGGCAAUGGUCUCGAUGUUAGCGAUAACCCAGGCCGGUGGUGUUGUGGUGGCAUUAGGAACUCAACACCCGCUCAGUCGGGUCGAGGCAAUCCUCACAGACGCCCGCAUCCAAGUCACCCUGGUUGACAAAGCACAAUCAGAACGCCUGCGUGGAGUGGUUCCCAGCCCUGUUGUCGUUGGGGCGGAAUUCAUCAAGCAGCUCCCAGCGCAAAACACCCUACCAGCUUCGGGUGUAAUGCCAGAUAAUGCAGCUUGGAUCGUGUAUACAUCUGGUAGCACUGGGACACCAAAGGGCGUCGUUCUCGAGCACCAGACUAUCUGCACAGGCAUCAUGGCCCACGGCACGCGAUUCGGCAACAGUACCAGUACUCGUGCCCUGCAGUUUGCGUCUCACACUUUCGUCGUUUUCAUCGAAGACCUCUUUACAACACUUAUCUUUGGCGGCUGUGCCUGUAUUCCGUCUGAGGAUCAACGCCUGAAUAUGAGCGACCUGUCACGUAUGAUCCGCGACAGAAAGGUCAACUUUGUCAACUUGACAACCACGGCUGCAUCCCUGCUCGACACACGCGAAGUCCCAGGGAUCGAAACAAUUGUUUUUGGUGGUGAGGCCUUGACGCCUGCGGUGAUAGAACAGUGGGCACCGCAUGCCAAGAUGAUGAAUGCCUACGGUAUGAGUGAAGCUUGCGCCGAGGCAACGAUCAGUACCGUUCGAACCCCUAAGGACAUCGCCAACAUCGGCUUUCCCAUUGCAGGUUCCGCUGCCUGGGUGGUUGACCUGACUGACUACAACAAAUUGGUUCCCGUCGGAGCCCCUGGAGAACUGCUUAUUCAGGGCCCGCUCCUUGCACGCGAGUACUUGAACGACCCAGAAAAGACUGCCGCUUCUUUUGUAUCCAACCCGGACUUCUUGUCUCACUUGGGGAUUUUGCCUGAGGCCGGCGCCCGCAUGUACCGCACUGGAGAUCUCGUACAGCAAAAUGAUGACGGCUCACUUGUUUACCUCGGCCGUCGAGAUGCCCAGGUCAAGAUCCGAGGACAGCGAGUCGAACCUGGAGAGAUCGAAAGCCGAAUUGCCAAGUUGCAUCCGGACAUCUCCCACGCCUUUGUGGAUUUAGUAAAGCCAAGCAAUGCACCGGACUCCUCCGACGCCAUCCUGGUGGCUGCUCUCGAGUUUCAGUACGGGUAUCAGGUCCAGUCAAACGAAGCAGGGCUCAUGAUCAAGACGAUCCGUGUAGCACUGGCCAAGGAGAUUCCCCCGUAUAUGGUCCCUAGCUUCUUCGUUCCGUUGUCGAGCCCGUUACCGGUCAACGCCUCCGGCAAGUUAGACCGGAAAGCGGCUGUUGCGAUGCUCAGCCAAAUGAGCCGAAGCCAACUUGGAGCUUGCAGCGCCGUGGCAAAGGGUCAGCAUAGGCCGCUCUCAGCCACAGAGGAACAGCUCCGCGCCGCGUACGCCGAGGUCCUGGGCUGCUCUGAGGAAGAUAUAGGUCCCUACGACCAAUUCGUCCAGCUGGGUGGUGACUCCGUGGGGGCAAUGCGUGUCGUCGCGGCAUGUCGCCGACAGGGCAUGGUCUUCUCCGUGCGUGACCUGAUGUUGAAGCAAAGUAUUGCGGGUUUGUCGUCGUGUUGCGGACCAACGAACAGCGGCCACGCGUUGGAAGAACUACCGACCUCAGACGCAGUCAGCGACGUCCAAGAGUGGAUGUUGAACCACCACGUCGCUCGCCCAGACGUCGGCAUGACUUGGUUUGCCUUAGACGCGGCAGGGCCAUUAGUGGACGACAAGAUGGCAGAAGCGUGCAGGAAGCUUCUCACGACCAUCGAAAUCCUUGACACAGGAUUCGUCGUCGACGAGAUCGGUAAAUGGAAGCGAGUGGUCCCGGCCCCGAUCAAGGCAGACGUUCGAACAUUUGAAACGGACAGCACAAUCGACGAAUGGACGGAAGAAUAUAUUCAACGAGAAGGAUUCAAGCCUCUUCAGCAAGGACGACCCCUCAUCGACAUAGCCAUCUGCACCACUGCCACUGAGCAUCGCAUCCUCACCCACAUGUCUCACGCCAUCUAUGACGGAAUAUGCAUCGCACGCUUCUGGACGACCCUCAAAGACCUCUAUGAGCAUGGCCAACCCAGCAAAGUCGCCUCCUACUCGCAGUACAUGGCCCAAGCCGAAAAGGGGCGGACCCCAGCAGCAUCUCAGUACUGGAGCCAACUCCUCAAAGACGCAACCAUCACAUCGGUCGGCAACAUCUCGCCCCAAGACAAGGAAUUCGUCUGGCGCGCAGGUGUGAUCGGUCCGAAGCGCGUACGCAUUGGCAAGAACCUCUCGACAGGAACAACCUGCGCAACAGCCCUCAAAGCAGCCUGGGCCCUGACCCUCGCCCGUCAAACAAACCACAACGACGUCACCUUCGCCGACCUCGUCUCCGGCCGCGCCGAUCUCAACCCAUCCGUAACCGACGCCUUCGGAAUGUGCUCGACCCCGAUCCCCGUCCGCGUGCAACUCAACCCAUCCACAACUUACGCGGACCUCGUGCACGCCGUCCAAAAACAACAACUCGACAGCAUGCCCUUCGAAACCUUCGGAUUCAGCCAGAUCGCUCAGAACUGCACGGACUGGCCCGCCGGCUCAAAGCCCACAUCGUGGAUCAACCACGUCCCGAAGCGGAUCGCGAGUACGCUUGAGAUUGGUGGGCGGGAGUACACCAUCUCGCAGCCAAGGCAGGAAGAGCAGAAGUGGACGUUUAGUGAGACGCGUGUUUCUUGGACGCAGGAUGAGGAGAGCUUUGAGUUUACGCUGGCGUAUGCGGCGGAUAAGGUGGAUGAGAGUGUUGCGAGGAAUCUGUGUGAUGAGCUCACGCGUAACUUGGAGAAGAUUCUUACGGAGAGUGGGAGUUUGAUUGAGGUAUGA